CCAUCCUGGUGAUCGAGUUCAUUUACGCCAUCGUGGGCAUCGUCUGGCUCACUCAGUAUUACACCUCCUGCAACGACCUCACUGCCAAGAACGUCACCCUCGGGAUGGUUGUCUGCAACUGGGUGGUCAUCCUCAGCGUCUGCAUCACUGUCCUCUGCGUCUUCGACCCCACGGGCCGCACUUUCGUCAAGCUGAGAGCCACCAAGAGAAGGCAGCGUAACCUGCGGACCUACAACCUGCGACACCGCUUGGAGGAGGGUCAGGCCACCAGCUGGUCGCGCCGGCUCAAAGUGUUCCUCUGUUGCACCCGGACAAAGGACUCCCAGUCAGAUGCCUACUCAGAGAUCGCCUACCUCUUUGCCGAGUUCUUCCGGGACCUCGACAUUGUGCCGUCUGACAUCAUCGCCGGCCUGGUGCUUCUCCGGCAACGGCAGCGGGCCAAGCGCAAUGCUGUGCUGGACGAGGCAAACAAUGACAUCUUGGCCUUCUUGUCUGGGAUGCCAGUGACCAGAAACACCAAGUACCUCGACCUCAAGAACUCGCAAGAGAUGCUCCGCUACAAAGAGGUCUGCUACUACAUGCUCUUUGCCCUGGCUGCCUACGGGUGGCCCAUGUACCUGAUGCGGAAGCCCGCCUGCGGCCUCUGCCAGCUGGCGCGGUCCUGCUCAUGCUGCCUGUGCCCUGCACGGCCCCGGUUCGCCCCUGGAGUCACCAUCGAGGAGGACAACUGCUGCGGCUGCAACGCCAUUGCCAUCCGGCGCCACUUCCUGGAUGAGAACAUGACUGCCGUGGACAUCGUCUACACUUCCUGCCACGAUGCGGUCUACGAGACGCCCUUCUAUGUGGCGGUGGACCAUGACAAGAAGAAGGUGGUGAUCAGCAUCCGGGGGACCCUGUCCCCCAAGGACGCCCUGACCGACCUGACCGGCGACGCUGAGCGCCUCCCCGUGGAGGGUCACCAUGGCACCUGGCUGGGUCACAAGGGCAUGGUCCUCUCAGCCGAGUACAUCAAGAAGAAGCUGGAGCAGGAGAUGGUCCUGUCCCAGGCCUUCGGGCGAGACCUGGGCCGUGGAACCAAACACUAUGGGCUGAUCGUGGUGGGCCACUCCCUGGGUGCAGGCACCGCCGCCAUCCUCUCCUUCCUCCUGCGCCCACAGUACCCAACCCUCAAGUGCUUCGCCUACUCCCCGCCAGGGGGCCUGCUGAGUGAGGACGCCAUGGAGUACUCCAAGGAGUUUGUGACUGCGGUGGUGCUGGGCAAAGACCUCGUCCCCAGGAUCGGCCUCUCGCAGCUGGAAGGCUUCCGCAGACAGCUCCUGGACGUCCUGCAGCGGAGCACCAAGCCCAAAUGGCGAAUCAUUGUGGGGGCCACCAAAUGCAUCCCCAAGUCGGAGCUGCCUGAGGAGAUGGAGGUGACCACCCUGGCCAGCACACGGCUCUGGACACACCCCAGCGACCUGACCAUCGCCCUGUCGGCCAGCACCCCGCUCUACCCUCCUGGCCGAAUCAUUCACGUGGUCCACAACCACCCUGCAGAGCAGUGCUGCUGCUGCGAGCAGGAGGAUCCCACGUACUUCGCCAUCUGGGGCGACAACAAGGCCUUCAACGAGGUGAUCAUCUCGCCAGCCAUGCUGCAUGAGCACCUGCCCUACGUGGUCAUGGAGGGUCUCAACAAGGUGCUGGAGAACUACAACAAGGGGAAGACAGCUCUGCUGUCUGCUGCCAAGGUCAUGGUGAGCCCCACUGAGGUGGACCUGACCCCCGAGCUCAUCUUCCAGCAGCAGCCGCUGCCCACGGGGCCGCCCAUGCCCGCUGGGCUGGCCCUGGAGCUGCCCAGUACAGAGCACCGCAACAGUAAUGUCAGGUGA